AUGAAUUUUGUUCGUGUAUCUGGUAGAAUUGGUCAAACAACUCUUUGGAUAUCUCUAUCAUCUUAUUUUAUCUCAUUAAUUCUUUAUUUAAUAUCAUUUUCUUUACCUGAUUGGAUUGUUUAUACAUCAAUUCCAGUUAAAAUUGGUUUAUGGCGUUUAUGUGAUAUUCAAAUAAUUGGUUAUGAUCGUUGUUCGGAUUGGAAUGCUCGAGUUUAUCUAACUAAUAUAACAAAUAGUGGCUUUCUUGGUCCACCUGAUUUUAUUCGAACAAGUCAAUCAUUAGAAAUCGUUGCUUUCAUUUUUUAUAUAAUAGGUGGAAUAUUAUUUCUUACUGGAUUAACACAAAGAUCAAUCGGUUUAUUGUUUUUUGGAUCUUCAAUAUCAAUCUUUAUAACAGUUAUAUUUACAUCAUCAACAAUUUGUUUAUUUGCUCUUCAAGGAAAAUCUUCCUAUAUUGGUUAUUUAUCAUUUUCAUGGUGGAUUGCUCUUGUUGCUUUUAUAAUAUCAUUAAUAAAUGCUCUUUCAUCAUUUAUUUUAUCAUUUUAUAUUCAACCACCACCUAAUAUUAAUCAAAAUAAUAUAAAUGUGAAAAAUGAUAAAAUGUUUUAUUCAUUACCUCCAUAUUCAAGUGAUGUCUAUUUAGCAGAACAUUAA